AUGGACUACCAGGAUCGACAGAAAUCUAUUUACGAGGAGGGCAUGUUGUUCAGUCGCCUCCCACUGGUGACUACAGAUCCAACAAAAUUAGAGGAACAGGCCAGACAAUGCAUGACUUCUCGAAGCUUCGACUUCGUUUCAGGCGGCGCUGGCGAGAGGUCAACAAUGGUAGCAAAUCGGCUAGCUUUUCGACAGUGGAAGAUCAUCCCGCGAAUGUUGUGCCAAACGACUCAUCGAGACUUAGGCGUCAAUUUAUUUGAUCGUUUAUACAAAAGUCCUGUUAUUAUGGCUCCGAUUGGAGUACAAGCAAUCUAUCACAAUGAUAAAGAGCUCGGCAGUGCAGAAAUCGCAGCGUCACUAGGCAUUCCGUAUAUCCACAGCACCGCCGCGACUAGCAGUAUUGAAGAAGUUGCUUCCGCGAAUGGAUCAGGGCAUCGCUGGUUCCAGCUUUACUGGCCGAAGGAUAAUGAACUGACCAAGUCUCUGCUGUCUAGAGCAAAGCAAAAUGGCUACGAAGUGCUAGUUGUGACUCUGGAUACUUGGACCUUGGCAUGGCGCCCAUCUGAUCUCGACAAUGGAUAUGUCCCUUUCAUGAAAGGCGUGGGAACACAGAAUGGAUUUUCGGAUCCUGUAUUUCAGGAAAAGUAUCGACAGGCUGCUGGCAAAGAAAUUGAAGAGGAUGUGGUGGCCGCAGCCAGCGCGUGGAAUGCCGACCUCUUUUCUAGUCAAGGCGACAGGCACAGUUGGGAAGACAUAUUAUUUUUGCGCAGCCACUGGGACGGGCCAAUUGUUCUAAAGGGCAUUCAACAUGUGGAUGAUGCAUUGAUGGCCGUUCGUUCUGGUGUUCAGGGCAUUGUGGUCAGCAAUCAUGGAGGACGACAGGUAGAUGGUGCCAUCGCAAGCUUAGAAGUUCUCCCCGAAAUCGUCGACGCAGUUGGGGAUAAGCUUGCUGUUCUUUUCGACAGUGGAAUUCGAACGGGAUCUGAUAUUGUGAAAGCUUUAUGCCUUGGUGCCAAAGCAGUGCUUGUUGGACGGCCCUGGGUUUAUGGGCUUGGCAUUGCAGGCAAGCAAGGGGCACAAGAUGUUUUACUCGGUCUUCUCGCGGAUCUCGAUCUUACGUUGGGCCUAGCCGGUCUACAAGGAGUUCAAGAUUGCAAGAGAGAUAUUCUUCGAAAAGUGGCUUAUGGUGGCGAUGUACAUUCGGCGUAUUAA